UCAGAAUUGGUCGGUCAUUGUAUAAUCUUGCUGUUGCCAUGUAUAAUGAUCUGGUUCUACUCCAUUUAGCAUCAGUUCAUCUAAGUCUCUCCAGGCCUCUCUGAAAUCAUCCUGCUGAUCGUUUCUUACAGAACAAUAAUACUCCAUGACAUUAAUAUAUCAUACCUUACUCAGCCAUUCUCCAAUUGAUGGGCAUCCACUCAGUUUCCAGUUUCUUGCCAUUACAAAAAGGGUUGCCACAAAUAUUUUUGCACAUGUGGGUCCUUUCUCUCCUUUAAGAUCUCUGCCCAAUAGAAACACAGUUGGAUCAAGGGUAUGUACAAUUUGAUAACCCUUAGGGCAUAGCUCCAAAUUGCUCUCCAGAAUGGUUGAACCAGUUUACAACUCUACCAACAAUGUAUGUGUCCCAUAAACUUUUAAUUCUUUAGCUCAAAGGACCAUAAUCUGGACCUUGAAGGAACCUUGGAGAUGCAAGUCUAAGGUCUCAUUUUAGUACAGUUAUGUUUUCCGGAGUCCCAGGGCUAUUAAGUGUUAGGAGGGAUUGGAAGUGUCAUAGAGUCAUGGGUUUAGAGCUGGAGAAGGAAUCUUGAGUUUAGGUGCAUUGAGGUUAGAUGACUUGCCUGGAAUCACACAGUUGACUGAGGUUGAAUUUCAAUUCGAGUCUCACCGAAUUCCAAGUCGAGAACCAUAUUUGCUUACCUCUUGUUAUUAGUCUACUGCAGGGUACGAUCUUUUUUUUUUUUUUUUUUAAAUUUAUAUUUCCAGCUAGAAGCUGGACACUCACUUAUUUGAAUCUUGUAGAAGGGGAAAAGGAAAAAAAAAUACUAUUUGGAAGCCUUAGAGAAGAGAUGUAGGGUGGAAGAGAGGGAGGGAGAAAUGGAAGGCUUUCAGCAAGGAGAGUUGGAAGGAAGAGGAGGGGGUGAAAAAAGGCUAGUAAGAGAGGGAAAUGGAGAAGCGGACCCCCUCAGGGACUGAGAAGAGAUUGGGAAGAUAUGCUUGGAAGAAGGGAAGAAAUGGAAGGCUUGCAAGAAAGAGAGGGAGAAGCUGGAAACGUGCUGGAGAGGAAAAGCUGAAAAUGCGAGGCUUGCAAAAGAGGGAGGGAGAAGUAGGGCGCUUGGAAGAGGAAAUGGACGCAGGGAAAGAAGCAGGUUUAGGAGAGUCGUGUAGGAGGAAGGGAGGGGAGAGGUAGGAGGCGUGCAAGGUGGGAGGGAGACAGGGAGAAGAGGGAGGGCGAAGCGAGUGGCUUGUAAGAGGAAGAGGCGAAAAAUUUGCGGGAAGGAGGAAGAAAGAAACAGGCAGAGGAGACAGGCAGGAGGUGUAGGGGAGAGGAGGUAUAAAGGAGGGUGCAGGGAGACGCGAAAAAGCCGAGGAGAGCGGGAGGUGUGCAGGCUAGCCCGGACGGCCGAGGGGCUUGUGGGUAGCGGGUGGCGAGCGCGGGAAAGGUCGGCUAGCCGCGUGAGGGGCGCGAGGCCCGGCUCAGCUCCGGGGAGGGCGGGGGAGGAUGAGCCGGGCGCGGGCGUGGGCGAGGCUGCUGGAUGGAGCCCCCGAGGCGGAGCCGAAGAACCUGGCUCGGGCCGGGGCCGCACGUCCGGAUCCCCGCGACUCUCCCUGGGCCUGGGAUGAGGAGAGCAAGAACAUCCGACUGCCAGAAAUAAAAAAUAACUUAGAAGAAAACAUUUCCAGAAAAAAAGUGUCAAAAACUCGUUAUAAUACAUCUCUCUGUUAUUACACUCGAAAAUUUAUGGACCUUCUCAAAGCUGCACCCAGUGGUGUUCUUCAUUUAAAAGAGGUUGCUGCAAUAUUAGGAGUAAAGAAACGAAGAGUGUAUGACAUCACCAAUGUAUUACAUGGAAUCAAACUCAUUCAGAAAAGGUCUAAGAAUUGUAUUCAGUGGAUAGGAUCUGACCUCAGCAGUAUGGAUAGAAAGAUAGCACAGCAAAAGAAGCUAAGGGAUGAACUUUCUAAUUUAUCUGCAAUGGAAGACACUUUGGAUGAAUUAAAUAAAAUCUGUGCUCACCAGUUAUUUGAAUUAGCAGAUGACAAAGAAAAUGCUAAAUAUCCUUUACUAUUAAAUUUUAUGCCUGCUUCUAAAACCAUUUAUUUUGGAUAUUAA